AUGCUCCGUGGUCUGCGCAAUCGCAUGAAGCGCGAGAAUGAACCUCGCGUGCUGAUCCUCGGAUUGGAUAACGCGGGCAAGACGACGAUUCUGAACAAGCUAGGCGUGGCUGAGGAGCACCCCGUAGAGGCACCUGAAGGACCAACACAGGGCUUCAACGUCAUGAAUGUGAACCGCGACGGCAAGCGCGUCAAGCUCUGCGACUUGGGAGGUCAGCGCGCCUUGCGCGAGUUCUGGGAGGACUACUACGCCAACACAGACUGCAUCAUGUACGUCGUCGACUCCUCCGACCAGCGUCGCCUGCACGAGGCGCAUGAGGCGUUCGUUGAUGUUGUGAAGGGCGUGCCGAAGGUGCCUGUUCUGGUGCUGGCAAACAAGCAAGACUUGGCCACCGCGAAAGACCCGCAGACGGUGGCCGAAGCCCUCGAGCUGAGCGACUACCGUGACCGCUCUUGGCACAUUCAAGGGUGUAGCGCGAAGUCCGGCGACGGUCUCGAGGAGGGCGUCGCAUGGAUCUUUGAGGCGUGCAAUGUAAAGUAG